AUGACAAUUGAUUUGAGUGGAAAUCCGCUUAUUGAACUUCAAGACGCUCUCAGCCGUCACAAUUAUGGCGCCAUGGUCCAACUCGCAUCAGAAGCCAUAGACGAUAUACGACGACUGCAACUAGUAGCAAUUCUUGAUCAUCGCGCUUACGCUCUUGGUAUGAAUAGCAAAUUCCAUGCUGCUAUCAGCGACGCCGAGACCAUGAUUACCUUCGGACCCACCAUGGCGACUGGCUACCUUCGACUUGGUGAUCUCUUGGUUAUGCAAGGCAAAUUAUCACGAGCAGCUGAAAUUUAUGAAGAAGCUCUGAACAGGGUGCCCAAGAGCGAUCCAGCAUAUGCUCGAUUGAUGAAACACAAGAUAGCGACAACCAAGAAAAAUGAGCAUCGUUUCGACUUUGUCGCUGCACUUCCACUUGAAAUACACGAUGAUAUCAUCACGUACUUACCAGAGCGGGAAAGGUCAAUGCUUCUGGAUGUCUCCACUACAUGGCGUAAACGGAUAACAUGUUGUCCACAGGCAUGGGCAAAAAUAACUAACAAUGGCAACGAUGGUGUUGCGGAUGCUAUGGUUACACGUGUAUUACCCUAUGUUGCCGAGCAUAUAAGAGAUUUGACAAUCGAUACUGCCGAUGAAGAAGUAUGGUUAAGAUAUCUAAACCACAUUGCAAACGGUGACUUUAAGAACAUAACAACACUGAAAAUAAUAGAAUCAACUUCGGGUGACGCACUUAAAGCACUCGUAAAGUGGUGCCCAGAUCUGCGCCGGCUGUCGUUGUACAAUUGUACUCCCAGUGUAUUGGAUAUCGUCUAUGAAUGCUGCGCAAACCUUGAACUAUUCGGAUAUGAUUCAGAUUUUGCCAUUCCUGAACUAGACGAGCUACAUCGCGACAAAUAUCCCAAUGGACCGGGUCUACGCGGUAUUUACACACCAAAUGGUGAGACUGGCGUACCUGCUGACAAAUUUAUGCGACUGCUACGAAAAAAUGCAAAAACACUAGAACGAAUAUACGCAAACAUAUCGACAAGUGAGCAGGAACAAAGCAACACCCAUCUCCAAACACGUUACCGUCCGAAUUCUGGCGAGCUGCUCAAGUUUGAGCGGUUAGAGGAGUUCAUGUAUCGGAUAGAUACCGAUAAGGUGUUCGAACCGCUGUUUUUAAAGUCAAUCGAAGAGUCAUGCAACUGCAACGAGAAGACACUUGCCCUGUUUCAUACAGUGAAUUCCUCCCGUCUAUCCUCAGUGGUCGAUACGUUACUGCUAAUACCCCCGGUUGAAGCACUGAAUUUCUCAUGGAUAUCAAGUGAUGAUGAAGAUGAAGACAACAGACGCCUGAUACAGUUGCUCAAGACUUAUGCUGCGCUCCCGGAAGCCAACCAAAAGCUUACGAAAGUCCGCCUCCACAACAACGCUUUACUCACAGAUGAAGUAUUGGUCGCACUUGCAGAGCUCAAGACUAUCGAAGACAUCGAAAUUUACGGAGAUUCCAAGAUCACAAGCCAAGGCUUAAUACUUUUUCUAACAAGAGCAAGCGAACACGCUCGGAUAAUCAAGGUCGGACUCAGCGAAGUGGACGCAGUUGAUGACGAUAUACUUAGAGAAGAAGAGGAAGAAGAAAUCGAUGAUGACUUUAGCGGUUUCCAUCCUUUUGAUUAA